GCGCAUGUGCAAAUUGGCCGCCACAGGAAAUAGAAGUUGUUGACAUUCGAAACAAAUAAUUUAAUAUUUAACUGAGUGUUUUAUUUUUAUGUAAUAUUGUUAGUCCACCCAUUGGAGUAUGGCGUUACCAACGAUGCCCUGUUAUUGGACCACACGUAAAAAUAUUUAUGAGAAGGCAAUUUUACAGCGACGGAACCAUGAAGAAGAUUUCAGACAAAAAUGGACUGAUACUGCGGAUUAUUUCAGUAAGAAUAAUGUGAAUGCCUCAAAACAGGAAACAUGGACAUCAGACAGGUCAUUUCAAAAUAGCAUGGAAGCUUACAAAUCAAAUGUAGAAAAAGAGACAAAAUCUCUUAAUUUAAGACGGAGAAGAUUGCUAUUAGCUGAUUUAUUAGAGAAAGAAACAAAAGUUUAUAAGGCUGAACUACAAGGACUGUCUGUUGGUAAUUUUACCAGACUAGAAGAUAUGAAAGAUAAAGUAGGAGGAUUGAAGAGUGCUCGUGAAGAAAAAAGAAAACAAGUUGCUGAAGAAAAGUUAUAUGAAUUCUGGAAACAGAAUAACCCAGAUCUACGUAAAGUGGAGUCUGAUUUAUUGAAAGAACAUGUUAUAGAUCAGUGGUCAGAUCAAAUAAGUGAACAUGAGCAGCAAUUAUUAUCAGCUCGUAAAGAAAAGGAAGAAUAUGAGAAAAUGAUGGAAAGAAAGAGACAAGAAGCCAUGGAGGAAGAAAGAAAGAAAGAAAUGAAACAUCUUCAAGAUCAGAAAAAUUUACAGAAAGUUUUAAAAGAUCAGAUUGUGGAACUUAAGCAGAGAGAGGCUGAGACUGAGCAAUUGAAGAAAGACCAGGAAAAUUUAGAAUUGGAACAGUGGAAUCUAGAAAAGCUAGAAGAAUCCAGAAGAUUAAAGGAAGAACACAGAAAAAAACAAGAUUUUGGACGUGUUUUACUGCGUCAACAUAAAACUCAGUUAAUGAGAAGAUCUAGAGUUAUACAAGAUGAACUCGAGCAAGAUCGUAAAUUAUUGGAAGAUUUAAUUGAACAAGAGAAAGAAGAAGAAUUGUUAAAGACAUCACGUCAUGAGAAGGCUCGAGCUGAUGCUCAGUGGAUGAAACAGGUUAUAGAUGAUCAAAUACGUGUAGAAAAAAGACGAGAAGCUGAAUUAGAUAUGUUGUAUCAAGAGGAAGCUGCAAGGGUUUGGCAGAAACGAGAAGCAGAAUGGGAGAGAGAAAAACAGGCAAGAGAACGAUUAAUGGGAGAGGUGUUGGCUGUGCGACAGGAUCAGAUUCUAGAUAAAUUAGAAGCUUUACGUAAACAACAAGAAGAAUCAAUAGAACAACGGGAACUAUUAGUACGCGAAAUAGAGUUGGCCAAUCAGCUUACACGACGUGAAGAAGAGGCUGCUGUUGAUUUAAAGAAUAUUUUAAAACUAGAUUUGAGAGAACAGGCGACAGAACGAAGAGAGCAGGAACUCUUAUCACAGAAGGAACAAGAAAUAGAAUUACAGCGGGAGAAAGAAGAAGAGAAAAACUAUGAAGAUAUUUUACGGGAAGAAACAGAAAGAAUGAGAAUGAAAGGUCACACAGAUCGGGGAUACGGAAGAAAACAAGCCUGGAUGUGAUAUGAAGACGAAUGGAAAUAAUUCAUUAUUUGUGAUAUUUUAAAAAUUUAAACAUUUCCACUGUACAUAUUACAUUUAGAUGUGAAAAAUAAACAGUCAGGGAAGCCAGACUUUGCUUCAAGAUAAACUUUAUUGUAAAAUAGAUUUGCUUACAAAACACUGGUAUGUUAAAAUGUCUUAUGUUUAGUUAGACUGUAAUAUUUCAAUACUUGUUGGCCUUGCAUUUCUUAUGUUUAUUAGUAUUUACCUUGUAAAUUUUUUAAAUAUUAUUGUACUAAUAAUAUAGAUGUGACAUACAAUGACCAAGGGAGUAUACUCCUGCCAUGGACAGAUUUUUAUAUUUGCCUAUUUAAAAUGGUGAUACGCACAUUUAAAUUAUUUUCAUUGAAUUUGUGAUUUCACUUGUUUAGUAAUAAUUGCUAUGUGUGCACAAUGUAUAUCAUAAUCAAAUGUUCUUAUUAAUCGUUAUGCGGUUAAGUCCACACCCACAAGAAAAAAUGAUCUAUUUCCCACGUUGAAGAUUGUCCGUCCAGAUUGUCCGUCCAUUUACUAUAGAUGUACUGUGAUAUCUGAGCUAACUUGAGAACAAAUUUAAAAUAAUUUAAAUUAUAAUAAUCUUUACUUUCUUCAUAGUUAAUGUAUUGAAAAACAUUUAUCAAGCAAGCUGGGGUAAUGAAGACUUGAUCUCAUAAAUAUUGUUUUUCAUUAUUUCUAAUAAAUUUCAUUUUGUCAUGGUUAGUGAUAAUGCUCUUUAGUUUUAAGUUACUUAUUUAAUACAAAGUUAUAGCUAGAACCUAGUGGAUUUUGAAUAUUUCAUGAAAGAAAUGGUUGAUUUCAUCACCCUUAGUUUAAUGCCACAUACACAAAACUAGCAACCAAUUGGUUUGUGUAUAUCUUUUUUUAUUGUAUAUAUUCUUGUAUGUAUUAGUAAUUAUUUAUUUAUUCAUCAAUCUGAUUAAAACACAGAUCCUAUUUCAUUUUGUUUUUAUAGUUCAAAAUUUCGUUUUAUUUGUCUGUACUACACUAGGAUCUGGAAGAGUUGUUAUAUAACAGGCGUUUGGAUGGCGUGAGGGAUUAGCCAAUGAAACCAUCUUCUUGGCGUGCCAUCCCUGGAACUGUGGGUAAACCACUAGAAACAUCAACACUGAUUGAUUAAUCAAUAUCUGACAUCAUAGGGUCAAAAGCCACUCUUAUGACCCCUGACGCGACCUUCCAGUACAACUUGUCAGAUCUUCAUGUAGUGUAGGCCAUCAAAAGUAUAAAAAAAACCAAAUGAAAUAUAGAUUUGUAUUUUAAUUAGAUUGUUUAUUCAUAUUUUGUUUUGUAAAUCAAGUACAUAUUUUCAUAAUUGUGCAUCUGAGAAUCCUCUUUACUCAUAGACUAGUUCAUAAACAGCUCAAAUUAUU